GAGUGUGUGGGAGCACUACAACAGAGAGAGCGAGCAAGCAAGUGAGAGAGACUGUUGGUGGGAUUCGAGUGUGAGCAAGAGACAGAGAGAAAGACUGGACCGAGCGUGCGCACGGACACAGUUGAAAAGCGCGAGGACCGUCGGCGUGUGUGUGCGCGGUGCACGUGUGUAUGUGUGUGUAUGCGCGCGCGUGUGUGUUGAGUUACAACGAUGUUGGAACACUCGUCCGAGCGAGGCUUUGUGCCCACUGUGUGUGUGGACAGCAUGCGCUACCCCACCACCACCACCAACCCCGUCACCAUGAGGACCACUGAGGAACUGCUGCUGAGUAACGGCACAGCUGGUAAGAUGAACGGGGCUCUGGAGCAUUCGGACCAGCCGGACCCAGAUGCCAUUAAGAUGUUUGUGGGUCAGAUUCCUCGCUCAUGGUCAGAGAAGGAGCUGAAGGAGCUGUUUGAGCCGUAUGGAGCCGUCUAUCAGAUCAAUAUACUGAGGGACCGCAGCCAAAACCCACCACAGAGUAAAGGGUGCUGUUUUGUCACGUUUUACACGCGGAAAGCCGCCCUAGAGGCCCAGAAUGCACUGCACAAUAUAAAGACCUUAACUGGGAUGCACCAUCCCAUUCAGAUGAAGCCUGCAGACAGUGAGAAAUCAAAUGCGGUGGAGGACAGGAAGUUGUUUAUUGGGAUGGUGUCGAAGAAGUGUAAUGAGAACGACAUCCGGGUUAUGUUUUCCGCUUUUGGUCAGAUUGAGGAGUGUCGCAUCUUGAGAGGACCGGACGGACUCAGCCGAGGAUGUGCGUUUGUCACGUUUUCUACCAGGGCAAUGGCACAGAAUGCAAUCAAAGCCAUGCAUCAGUCUCAGACCAUGGAGGGAUGUUCCUCCCCCAUGGUGGUGAAGUUUGCUGACACUCAGAAGGAUAAAGAGCAGCGAAGGCUGCAGCAGCAGUUGGCUCAGCAGAUGCAGCAGCUCAACAGCGCCUCCGCCUGGGGCAGCCUGACCGGCCUGACCGGCUUAACCCCGCAGUAUCUGGCAGUAAGAGGCCACACCCACGCAACCACGGCAACCAGCAGUGCAGCCAACGCCGCCGCCGCAUUGCUACAGCAGGCGACCUCCUCCAGUAACCUGGGAGCAUUCAGUGGUAUCCAGCAGAUGGCAGGUAUGAAUGCUCUGCAGUUACAGAAUCUGGCCACUCUAGCAGCAGCUGCAGCUGCAGCACAAAGCUCUGCCAGCCCUUCCACCGCUAGCGCCCUGACCUCCAGCACAGGGUCCCUGGGAGCCCUGGCCAGCCCAGCAGGUUCCACUGCUAACUCCAGUGCAGGAGCUAUGAGUUCUCUGGGCUCUUUGGGGACUCUGCAGGGGCUGGCCGGGGCCACUGUCGGUCUCAACAACAUUAAUGCACUAGCAGGUAGCGUCAACAUUGCUCACAUGCUCUCAGGUAUGGCUGCCCUGAACGGAGGUUUGGGCAGCACUGCGCUCAGUAACGGCUCGGCUGGGCCCAUGGACGCUCUCACCCAGGCUUACUCAGGGAUCCAGCAGUAUGCAGCAGCAGCCCUGCCAACCCUAUACAGCCAGUCUCUACUGCAGCAGCAGAGUGCCGCCGGCAGUCAGAAAGAGGGACCAGAAGGGGCAAACCUUUUCAUCUACCACCUGCCGCAGGAGUUCGGGGACCAGGACAUUCUGCAGAUGUUCAUGCCUUUUGGAAAUGUAGUGUCGGCCAAAGUCUUCAUUGACAAACAAACCAAUCUGAGCAAGUGCUUCGGUUUCGUCAGUUAUGACAAUCCUGUGUCCGCGCAGGCCGCCAUCCAAGCGAUGAACGGUUUUCAAAUUGGAAUGAAGCGUCUGAAGGUGCAGUUGAAGCGCUCCAAGAACGACAGCAAGCCCUACUGAUCUUAGCGCUAGGGCCAGUCCUCUCUCUCUUUACACUGCUAGGAACUCAUCUCCAUGACUCUUUGCUCAUCGUUUGCCUAGCAUGUCUACGUGGCGUUCAA